GGGGCGGUGCAGCAGCUCCCGGCGGCGGGCCGUUGCCUUUGCCGUGACGGCGGGGGGACGGGGACGCCCGCAGCGGAGCGGACAUGGCGGACGAGGCGCUGUUCCUGCUGCUGCACAACGAGAUGGUGGCGGGGCUGUACCGAGCCGCCGAGCAGGGCGAAGGGGAGAACGGCCGCUGCACCACCAAGCUGGAGAGCAUGGGCUUUCGAGUCGGGCAGGGGCUGAUCGAGAGGUUUACAAAAGAUACAGCCAGGUUCAAGGAUGAAUUAGAUAUUAUGAAGUUCAUUUGCAAAGAUUUUUGGACAACUGUAUUCAAAAAGCAAAUAGACAACCUAAGGACUAAUCAUCAGGGUAUUUAUGUUCUUCAAGACAACAAAUUCCGACUCUUGACACAAAUGUCUGCAGGAAAGCAGUAUUUAGAACAUGCACCAAAGUAUUUAGCAUUUACCUGUGGACUAAUCAGAGGGGGCCUAUCGAAUUUGGGAAUAAAGAGUAUUGUAACAGCUGAAGUUUCAUCAAUGCCCGCAUGUAAAUUCCAGGUGAUGAUACAGAAAAUGUAGAGCAUGUUCAAAUCUGGGUAUCUACCUUAAAAAUCCUCUGUCUGUGGUUUUGCCAUUUUGGUUUGGCUUUGUAUAUAGCAUGUAAAUUAUAGCACUGCACAGCACAAUUCCAAAGCAUAUAAUAAAUGUUUGUUAAAGUAA